AUGAACUUCACAUAUCCCUAUGGAGUUCAUCAGCCUCCAACCUCCUGGAAUCACAGCUAUGGACUACACGGCGGAGGCACGAACAGGUCGACGGGGAAGGGCUACACGUCAGAAGGGUGCUACGAGCAACUUUUUGUCUCUCCAGAAGUGUUCGUCACCUUAGGCUUUGUCAGCUUGUUAGAGAACCUGCUGGUGAUCGCGGCCAUCGCCAAGAACAAGAACCUGCAUUCGCCGAUGUAUUUUUUCAUCUGCAGCUUGGCCGUGGCCGACAUGCUAGUGAGUGUCUCGAACGGCUCGGAAACUUUUUUUUUGCUGAACAACCUGGAUGCCGACGCGCAAGGCUUCACCGUCAGCAUCGACAACAUCAUCGACUCGGUGAUCUGCAGCUCCUUGCUGGCAUCCAUUUGUAGCCUGCUCUCGAUCGCCGUGGAUAGAUAUUUCACUAUAUUUUAUGCUCUCCAGUACCACAACAUCAUGACGGUGAGGCGUGUCGGGAUCAUCAUCGCCUGCAUCUGGGCCGCCUGCACCAUCUCCGGCGUCCUGUUCAUUAUUUACUCGGACAGCAGCAUCGUCAUCAUCUGUCUCAUCAGCAUGUUCUUCACCAUGCUAGUCCUCAUGGCUUCUCUCUACGUCCACAUGUUCAUGCUGGCCCGGUUGCACAUUAAAAAGAUUGCCGUUCUCCCAGGGACAGGCCCGAUUCGCCAAGGGGCCAACAUGAAGGGGGCCGUCACCCUGACCAUCUUGAUCGGGGUUUUCGUGGUGUGCUGGGCCCCGCUCUUUCUCCACCUGCUCUUCUACAUCUCGUGUCCCCACAACCCAUACUGCAUCUGCUUCAUGUCCCAUUUCAACCUCUACCUCAUCCUGAUCAUGUGCAAUUCGAUCAUCGAUCCGCUCAUCUAUGCGUUCCGGAGCCAAGAGCUGAGGAAGACCUUCAGAGAGAUAAUGUGCUGCUGUACUCUGAGAGGAAUAUGUGAUUUCUCGGGCAAAUACUGA